AUGUCCGUGCGAAAUGAUCCCACGCGUCCAGAGGCCAUCCACUCCUCCGCUGUCAGGGUGACGUCGGCCUCAAACGGGGGGCGUGCCUCUGUGCGUGAAGCUGCAGAGGAGGAGCUGCACCGUCGGUCCCGCGCUCACAUGCACCUACACACCCACACCACUGCGGGACUUGUGAGAGUGGUCCGGACCGUGCAGCUCCGCGCAUGCAGAAACAAACCGUCGCGUCUCAACCUGUGGAAUGAAACUCCUCAAGCAUCGCAUCGACCCCGCCUUGUAGUGACAGGUUCCUUAGCGGACAUGGGAAAACUACAGAGCAAGUUUCGCCGGAGGUCGGAUCUCUACAAGACCACGGGUCAGAAGGACGACUGUGCUCUGGACAGUCAGGUGGUGCAGUAUGAGGCCGCUCACCAGGGCUCCAUCAACACUGUGGUCAGUCUGAGCCCAGAGGCCUGUGUGUCCGGGGGCAGUGACCAGGCCGUGGUUGUGUACGACUGGACCCAGGGCCGCAUGUGCCAGUCCUUCCAAGGCCACACCAGGGAGGUCACCAAGGUGGUGUGUUACCCCGGUAGCAUGUGGAUCUUCAGCGCCUCCAGGGACAAGGCUGUGUUCAUGUGGGACCUGAACCAGGGCUACGAACCCAUCCAGGAGUUCUGUGGACACGAGCUGGUGGUCAACGGCCUCGCGGUCAGCCCCGACGGGAGAAAACUGUGCAGCGGUUCGCGUGACAACUGGAUGUGUUUGUGGGACAUCGAAUCUGCCAAGUGUGAACAACGCCACAACAUCUCCAGAAACCUGGUGACUCACGUGUGCUGGGUCCCCGGCAGCUCCUCCAUCGCACAGACAUCGGAGGACAAAACCAUCAGGAUCUGGGACAGCCGGGCGUGGCAGGUGACCAACACGUUUCCCGCCAAACAGUACAUCCAGACGCACUGCGACGUGUCUCUGAACGGGAACUACCUGGUAUCCAGUAGCAACGGCUUCGGAGGACAGGGCUGCGAGGCCACGCUGUGGGACCUGAGGCAGCCCGGCUGUAAAGUGGUGGAGUACAGGGGCCACCUCCAGACCACCGCCUGCUCCGUCUUCCUCCCCUCUGAUGGUGGGGGGAGCCCUCUGGUGGCCACCUCCUCACACGACAGCUCUGUCAAGAUAUGGGACCAGAACACAGCAGCGUGUGUGGGGACUCUGACUCUGGACGGAGCAGGGCCUUUGGUGUGCUUGGCUCCCAGUGACCCGUUCAACCUGAUCUGUGCCAGUUUUAACUCCGGCCUGCACCACCUUCAGCUGGGCCAGAGCUCUCCCAAAGGCCAGAGCUCCGCAGCCUCCGCAGGGGCCCUGGACCUCCGGCUCCUCGCACGCUUCUAA